AUGAUAUUUAAACUAGAAGCACAGCAGGGAAUAUAUACAGUCCAUUCAGAGGAGGAGGCAGAAAUCAUUCUGCCUUCAGAAAGUGGAACUGUCCUAGUUGAAGACUUUUCGAAAACGUACGUCGUCAAUGGAGAACCGGUAGUGUCAGUGAUUCCACCACAAUCCCCUUCCACGUCUCUUGGAAUACCGAUUUCUUACCAACAACCUAGAAGUAAAACGAACCCUCCACCUGGUAAUGGAAGAUUUGAAAGGCCAACUUUUAAAGUGGUGAAGUCCCAGGGAUGGAAGAAAUCGUUCAUGGUUGUAGAAAUAACGUCCUCAGGACAUGUGUUUGAUAAAUAUCAAGUUCACAUAAAUUUGAAAGAGGAAACCGCUUCAGUGCCUGUAAUUGAAGAAAUGCUUAAAGAACAACUGGGUUUUGACAUCCGCGUCCUUGACUCCAAGUAUUUGCCGAUAAUGGCAGGCGAGAAAACAACAGGUAAGCGGUGUUAAGUACGUUUUGAAGAAACUGUCGCUGAUUGACAAAUAGUGCACAACUUGUAUGCAAAACAACUCAGACGUUUACUUGAUUCCGUAUGAACUACAGCUACUACCAGAAAAAAAUCAAAUUUGAAGGAUGCAGUAGCUUAGCAAUCCAGGAAAGCGUUCAAGUUCUUAUUUGUUUUGAUGAUAGUGAAUUAUCUCAAUUAUAAACAUUUUUUUUGGUAAGCCUAUUAAAUAAACCUUAUGACUUUAAAUAAAUUUAUGACACUUGAUUGUUCCUGGUCUUAUCCUUGUGUCUGUUUAACAGGUGCACAAUUUUGGAGAAGCAGUCGAAAAAUUUUGGUGGCUAAAAAGACCGAAAUAGCAAAACUAAAAAAGCGAAAGGGAAAAAUAAAGAAAGCCGCAAAAACAGGAGACAUCCUGGAACGGUUGCGAAGAAUCGUGUCUGAUGACUCAGAAGAGGAGGACGACUUCGUGGAUACCGGCCCUGUUUCCUUUUCCGAGCGACCCUUCAAGACAAGUCUCAGCAGGAAUUCUCCGGAAGAAGAAGUUGCUAAAGUAUUGAAAUCAAUUUUUAAGUGUCCAUUUGUUUAA